AUGGCCAACUUCGGACUGACCCUGCUGUUGUCUCUUGGUAUUGCAGCUACCUACAUCAAUGCGGAGGGUUAUGUGCUUACUAAAGAGGACACCCGAAUUAUCGAGGAGGAAAGUGGUUGUGCUGAGUUAACAACGGUUGUGCCGUCAGACUUCACACUUACCAUUGCUGACACCAACGGAGAGGUCUGCCGCAACUAUGAACCCGUGACAUGUGGUGCGAUAAUGCAAUCUUCCAUUUCAAGCCUUUUGCACGUUCUGGUCGCACAUCUCGGAAUCACUGUAAAAGAUAUCCUAAAGCUGUGUCUUUUUCGCGAGGAUAUUGAUGAGCACACUGUGGGAUUCACCGCUAAUGUUGACGGGACUACUGGUGAACGCUACAGCUUCGUCUUCUGCCAGAUUUCGGGCGACGGCGUCGAAUACAUUAUCGACUGGGAGGGUGAGGGUAUGUGCCGACUAUUUCUUCUGCAUCAUACUAAUCUUUUCAAUCAGCACAGGCAAUUAUAUGCGAAUGUCUUGAAGUCACCCCCAUAUACAAAAUCUGCUAAAGCCUAG